CUCAGAGCGGCGCGAUGGAGGAUGGGAAGCCGGUGUGGGCGCCCCACCCAGCGGACGGGUUCCAGCUGGGAACGAUAGUGGACAUUGGAGCCGACAGCCUCACCAUCGAACCUCUCAAACAGAAGGGAAAGACAUUUGUGGCUGCUAUCAACCAAGUCUUCCCUGCAGAGGAUGACGUCAACAAACACGUGGAGGAUAACUGUUCUUUGAUGUACUUGAAUGAAGCCACUCUGCUCAACAACGUUCGUGUGAGAUACAGCAAAGACAAAAUAUAUACGUUUGUAGCCAACAUCCUGAUCGCGGUCAACCCGUACUAUGACAUCCCAAAGCUUUACUCGCCGGAGACCAUCAAGCAGUACCGGGGCCGGUCUCUGGGCACGCUGCCGCCACACGUCUACGCCAUUGCUGAUAAAGCGUACAGGGACAUGAAGGUCCUGAAGAUGAGCCAGUCCAUCAUCGUCUCAGGGGAGUCCGGGGCCGGGAAAACCGAAAACACCAAGUUUGUGCUCAGAUACUUGACAACCUCGUACGGAACCGGUCAGGACAUUGACGAGAGAAUAGUGGAAGCCAACCCGCUGCUGGAAGCUUUCGGAAACGCAAAAACUGUCCGGAACAACAAUAGCAGUCGCUUCGGAAAGUUUGUGGAGAUCCACUUCAAUGAGAAGAACGCUGUCGUGGGCGGCUUCGUGUCUCACUACCUGCUGGAGAAGUCGAGGAUCUGCAGACAAAGCUCCGAGGAGAGAAACUACCACAUCUUCUACCGACUGUGUGCCGGAGCCACCGAGGACAUCAGGCAGAAGUUCCACCUCAGUUCCCCGGACACGUUCAGGUACCUGAACAGAGGAUGCACUCGCUUCUUCGCUUCCAAAGAUACAGACAAACAGAUCCUGCAGAACCGCAAGAGCCCCGAGCACAUGAAGUCGGGCCCUCUGAAGGACCCGCUGCUGGACGACCAUGGCGACUUCAACAGGAUGUCCGUGGCCAUGAAGAAGAUCGGCCUGGACGACACGGAGAAGCUGGACCUGUUCAGGGUGGUGGCCGGCGUGCUGCACCUCGGCAACAUCGACUUCGAGGAGGCUGGAAGCACGUCGGGUGGCUGCGCGAUCAAGAACCAGUCGAGUCAGACGCUGGAGCACUGUGCCGAGCUGCUGGGCCUGGAGGAGGAGGACCUGAGGGUCAGCCUCACUACCAGGGUCAUGCUCACGACAGCAGGGGGCGCCAAAGGAACAGUCAUCAAAGUGCCGCUCAAAGUGGAGCAGGCUAACAACGCUCGGGACGCCCUGGCGAAGGCCGUGUACAGCCGCCUGUUCGACCACGUGGUGACCAGGGUCAACCAGUGCUUCCCCUUCGACUCCUCCGCCAACUUCAUCGGCGUCCUGGACAUCGCCGGCUUCGAGUACUUCGAGCACAACAGCUUCGAGCAGUUCUGCAUCAACUACUGUAAUGAGAAACUGCAGCAGUUCUUCAAUGAGCGCAUCCUGAAAGAGGAGCAAGAGCUGUACCAGAGGGAGGGGCUCGGAGUCAACGAGGUUCACUAUGUCGACAAUCAGGACUGCAUAGACCUGGUGGAGGCGAAGCUGGUCGGCAUCCUGGACAUCCUGGAUGAAGAGAACCGACUACCUCAACCCACCGACCAGCACUUUACCGACACCGUUCACAACAAACACAAAAACCACUUCCGCCUCACGAUACCCAGGAAGUCUAAGCUGGCCGUCCACAGGAACGUGAGGGAUGAUGAAGGAUUUAUUAUCAGACACUUUGCAGGAGCCGUGUGCUACGAAACGACGAAGUUUGUGGAGAAGAACAACGACGCCCUGCACAUGUCUCUGGAGUGUCUCGUCAGCGAGUCCAAGGACCGCUUCGUCCGCGAGCUCUUCGAAAACUCCAACAACAGCAAAGACGUGAAGCAGAAGGCGGGAAAACUCAGCUUCAUCAGCGUCGGCAACAAGUUUAAGACGCAGCUGAAUAUUCUUCUGGAGAAGCUCCGCAGCACGGGCUCCAGCUUCAUCCGCUGCAUUAAACCAAACCUGAAGAUGGUCAGCCACCAGUUCGAAGGAGCUCAGAUUCUCUCCCAGCUGCAGUGCUCCGGUAUGGUGUCAGUGCUUGACCUGAUGCAGGGCGGCUUCCCCUCCAGGGCUCCCUUCCACGAACUCUACAACAUGUACCAGAAGUACAUGCCUCCAAAGCUCACCCGCCUCGACCCACGUCUCUUCUGCAAGGCUUUAUUCAAAGCUCUGGGACUGAAUGAGAAUGACUACAAGUUCGGCCUGACCAGAGUGUUUUUCCGGCCCGGGAAGUUUGCAGAGUUCGACCAGAUUAUGAAGUCGGACCCGGAUCACCUGGCUGAGCUGGUGAAGAAGGUGAACAAGUGGCUCAUCCACAGCCGCUGGAAGAAGGUCCAGUGGUGCGCUCUGUCCGUCAUCAAAUUGAAGAACAAGAUUUUGUACCGGACCAGUGCCUGUAUCAAGAUGCAGAAGACAGUUCGGAUGUGGCUCUGCAGGAAGAAGCACAAGCCUCGCAUCGAUGGGUUGGUUAAAGUGCGGAACCUGAAGACGAGGAUGGACCGCUUCAACGAGGUGGUGGCUGGGCUGAAAGAGGGAAAACAAGAGAUGAGCAAGCAGAUCAAGGAUCUGGAUGCCGCCAUCGACUCCCUGAUCGUCAAAAUCAAGAGCACCAUCAUGACCCGGAUCGAUAUCGACCACGCGUACCAGGCCCUGGUGACCCGGUCGGAGCAGUUGCUGACUGCCAUGCAGAACAAGAAGAAGGAGGAGGAGGAGCGGGAGCGUCUGCGGCGCAUUGAGGAGGAGAUGGAGCGGGAGAAGAAGAGGAGGGAGGAAGAGGAGCAGCGCCGCAAGCAGGAGGAGGAGGACAGGCGGCUGAAAGCGGAGAUGGAGGUGAAGAGGAAGCAGGAAGAGGAGGAGAGGAAGAGGCGAGAGGAGGAGGAGAGGAGGAUCCAGGUGGAGAUGGAGCUGCAGCUGCAGGCGGAGCGCGAGGAGGACGCAGCUCGACAGACCAUCCUGGAGCAGGAGAGGAGAGACCGGGAGCUGGCGCUGAGGAUCGCUCAGAGCGAGGCCGAGCUCAUCCCGGAGGAGGUGCAGAACGACUCAGGCCUGCGAAGCAACGGCUCCUCAGUUCCAUCGUCCCCAGAGAGAGCAGUCGCUGCUGGAGCCACAAAACUCAAGAGCUUGACCAUGGAGGAAAUGGCGAAGGAAAUGACUGAACUUCUGGCUCGAGGUCCACAGGUCCAGGCCUCCAAGGCUGCCGCUGGGGCCAAGAAGUACGAGCUGAGCAAGUGGAAGUACGCCGAGCUGCGGGACGCCAUCAAUACCUCAUGUGACAUCGAGCUGCUGGCCGCCUGCAGAGAGGAGUUCCACCGCCGGCUCAAAGUUUACCACGCCUGGAAGUCAAAGAACAAGAAGAGAAACACGGAGACGGAGCAGCGGGCACCGAAAUGUGUCACCGACUACGCCCAGCAGAACCCGGCCCCACCCAUACCGGCCCGGCAGUACGAGGUGGCCAUGAACCGGCAGCAGCGCUACUUCCGCAUCCCCUUUAUCCGGCCGGGCGACCAGUACAAAGACCCCCAGAACAAGAAGAAGGGCUGGUGGUACGCUCACUUCGACGGGCCCUGGAUCGCCAGGCAGAUGGAGCUGCAUCCCGAUAAACACCCCAUCCUGCUGGUGGCCGGGAAGGACGAUAUGGAGAUGUGUGAGCUGAGUCUGGAGGAGACGGGCCUGUCAAGGAAGAGGGGCGCCGAGAUCCUCCCACGGCAGUUCGAGGAGAUCUGGGAGCGCUGCGGCGGGAUCCAGUACCUUCGCAGCGCCAUUGAGAGCCGGCAGGCCCGACCCACCUACGCCACAGCCAUGCUGCAGAGCAUGUUCAAGUGACGGAGCCUGGGGGGGAGGUUGGGCGGGGCUCCUCGCUGCAAACAAAGGGACAAACGCACCAGCUACCUGACGGAUGGCGUGUGAGCGCACCGCACCGGGUUCUGACUGACGGCGAACAGCGACUUUUCUGUCCUUUUGUUUUUCUUGUUUUCGUUGCGGGAAGUUUUGCAGUGAACCCUAUGCAGAAAAAUCAUACUAAAUUAUCACAUCCGGUUGUUGUCUAACUUUGAGGCCUUAAUACGACUUUAACAGGGUUUAAUCGCCACAAGUUUCUUUCCUUUCAAAGCUGCCUCCCCAAACAAGAAAUUCCCUUUGUAAUUAUGCAUUCCUGAUUAAGUCUCACCUGUGUGUCGCUUCCAUCUUAACAGCUAGCUGGUGAUCCCUCUCCCACUUUAAACCUGCUGUUUACAUCGUCUUCACGUGGUUCUUACAGGCGAAACACUUGCACAAGGAGUUCACGGUGAGGCGGAGCUGCACGUUCCUCGUUAAUUAAGUCGAAUAUUUGCUAAUACUUUUUUUUUUAUUUUACCUUUCGUCUUUCCGACCGAAUGUAACCUGAGACCUCGUUGAUUUGUCUGAGUAGUGAUUUCCCUCUUUCUUCCUCUCAUCCUGUGUGAUUAAUGUGUAAUGAGUCCGAAAUGAGACCAAACGGCGCUCCGGGCGGGAAGCCGGAGCGGCGAUUCGACGCCGUGAUUUAUCAAGCUAAAAGCAGAAAAUGUGAAAUAAUUAUGCAAAAGCUGAGAUGCAACUGCUCCUGUGCUGUUUGAGAGCAGAUCAGCGCUCGUUCGCACCAUCUGCAUCUUUAAAUCUGAUCUUUUUACAUGAGGAAAUGUAAUUUGCCAACGCAGUGAUUCCCAAGGUAGUUUUUCAUCGAUGUUAUCCAAUAUAAAUCAGAUCUGUCUGUGGACUGGUACUCGAACUGGAACAUUCAUACGACACUGAACAUUUUCUACACAUUAAGUACAGUAUAUGCAUCCAACAGCGAUGAUCCAACUGGAAUGUAAAAGUUUAUUUUUGAGACUUUGUACUUCAGCGGCUCGGGCACGUGAGGUUGUCAAGAGAAGCAAUAAAUCAAAAGCUAAAAGAGAGAAAAACACAGGCCUCUUCUGACGGGUAUGUUACAGAUAUACAGACAAUCUGCUGCGACGUUACACCUUUACUCUGCUCACCUGUUGCCAAGGUUGUUUGUUUUUUUCUCUUCACAGCAAAAAGGUGACGUAGAUCUGAAAGCAUGAAGAUCUGUCUUGUUGCAAAGUAGCUGAACCCCGUUUUACAGACGGCAUUACCACGCAGCAAAACAGGCUCGAAACCAACCAACCAACCAGACACUGAAGGUCUCACAGCAAGAAGAGUCUAAAAUCGAAUAAUCAGAAUUUUAGGUCUUAAAGGACCAGUGUAGGACAAACUACAGACGGUGGCCGUGAAACUCACAGUAGUUCCUAUCUAGAUCUAGUGUUUGGUUGGUCCAUUCUGGGCUACUGUAGAAACAUGGCGGACUCCAUCAGAAGAGGACCCGCUC